AUGGAAGAGGGUGCCCCUGCUGUAAGAAGAUGGGAGGACCCUGCUGUAAGAAAAUGGGAGGACCCUGCUAUAAGAAGAUGGGAGGACUUAGACACUGACAUAUUGGUGAAAAUCUUCCUGUCUUUUGAUGUCUUGCAGUUGACUUUAGGGAUUGCUAACGUUUUUAAUUCAUGUGAAUUGGGAAGUAACCCACCAUAUAUUGCUAUCUACAGGUGCCCCCAGCUGAGGCGACUUGUUAUGCCAGCUUGGAACAGAAUAAAGAAGGAUGUAAUUUGCAAGGCCAUUCGUACAUGGAGAUGUCUUGAAUCCUUGACAAUGCCUAGUAUAGCAGAUCCCCCUUAUCUUAUAGAGGAAAUAGCCCUAAAUUGCAAGAACUUCAGCGAACUAAAGGUCAUCGGUCCUUUUGACGUUCUCUUUGCUUCUACGAUAGCCAAAUUUCUUCCAAAUUUGAAGGUUUUGGGCUUGAGAUGCUCAAUGAUAGUUAAGGAUGCCUUAAUGCUUAUAUUAGAUGACCUACCAAACCUGGAAGUCCUCAACAUAUCACAUUGCCUACUACUUCCUCCAUCGAUGCCCGAAAAAAUUAUUAAGAAGCUAGAUAAAAUUAUCUUGCAGAAGGCUGCUCCACGUGAGUUCUUAACAUGUACUGAGCACUCGUGCAUCAUGUGCCAGCGUACCUGA